CACUUAUGCAACAUUUAUUUUAUCUUUGGAACAAAAACGUACUUGACAUUCAACCUGAUUUACGGAUUUACAAAACCAACAGUCAUUCACUUAAUGUGCAUGAAGGACAAUAGUUACAAAAAUUUACAUAAAAAUGAAUUCUUGGACAAUUUCGGUUGUGUUAAUUUUCUCUCUGUUAGGUUGGGAUUUGUGCAAUGGGAGCGCAAUUAAUCGGGGUGAAGAAGGUGGUGAAAGCGUACAUUUAAGUGAUGAAGAAAUGCAUCCCAGGCCACAAAAUUCUCGGAAAUGGACACGGCAAGAAGACGUUGAAGAUGCCGAGACGUGGUUCAGACUGGGCCAAGAAGGACUCCGAAAACGGAUCGAAGAGCCAAGAAGAGAGUCGAAAGCAAAGAACUUGAUCAUGUUCAUCGGUGACGGGAUGUCUGUCAGUACGGUCACAGCCUCACGAAUUUUCAAAGGUCAGCGGGAAGGACUUUUGUUUGGAGAAGAGGGCCAACUUCACAUGGACACAUUUCCUUACGUCGGUGCAUCCAAGACGUAUUGCAGCGAUUGGCAAGUGGCGGACUCGGCGUGCAGUUCAACCGCUUAUUUCACGGGAACGAAAGGUAACGCGAUGACGAUUGGAGUUAAACCCUCCGUCGUUUACCGAGACUGCGAGUCCCAAAUGAAUCCGGACCAUCAAGCCAGCUCAAUUCUGUUGUGGGCACAGAAUGCCGGGAUGUCGACUGGGGUGGUUACGACGACCACGGUAACACACGCAAGCCCGUCGGGGGCGUAUGCGCAUAUUGCCGAUCGCAACUGGGAGAAUGACCUGAAAAUUGCGGAGAGUGGGAUUGAUCCUGAAUUUUGUGAUGACAUUGCAGAACAGUUGGUAUUCAAGCAGCCAGGGUUGGGAAUCAACGUAAUUUUGGGGGGUGGCCGAAUUCACUGGUUGCCAAAUACGACAACAGACAUUGAAGGGAUGCCUGGCAAGCGGGGGGACGGAAAAGACCUCAUUUCUACUUGGUUGGGACAGAAGUGGGACGAGAGAGCGGUUCAUGUCAAUGGCAGAGCCCAGUUGUUGGCUACGGAUUUGUCACAGGUUGAUUACUUGUUGGGCCUCUUUGCUCCCGAGGGGAUCGAAUAUGCGGACAAGCAGCUGGAGAAGGACGACCCCACGCUGGCUGAGAUGACGGCGGCAGCAUUGCAAAUUCUGAGUAGAAACCCGAACGGGUUCUUCCUCUUCGUCGAGGGUGGGAGGAUAGACCAAGCUCACCAUGCGAACAAUGCGUACAGAGCGAUGGCAGAAACUCUCCAGUUUGAUGAAGCAAUACAACUCGCAGACAACAGAACAGAGGACACGGACACGUUGAUUGUCGUGUCCUCGGACCAUUCCCACUUAUUCACGAUUGCAGGCGACCCACUCCGAGGGAACGACAUUCUCGACUUUUCGGGAAACGAGGACAACGAGGAUGGGAUGCCUUUCACCACGCUGGCAUACAUUAACGGGAAGGGGUAUCGACCAGCGGAGCCAUUCAACGAAACUACUUGUUCCCGCAAGAAUAUUUCCUCGGACAAUCCUUUGGACAUUGACUAUUUGCAAGUUAGCCAGGUCCCACGAGGGUCAGCCACCCACGCUGGCGAGGACGUCCUCAUCUUCGCCAAGGGUCCAUUCGCCCACCUGUUCACAGGCGUCAACGACCAGAGCUACAUUCCACACGCGAUGGCGUUUGCCGCCUGCAUCAGUCCUUUUGAAAAUAAUUUCUGUUCUUCGUCAAAUAAGAACAAUAAAUAAGUCGCUCAGUAAAAUUCAGCUAAAUGCGCAAAUGCAGAAA